AUGGUCAGUCGUGCUCGUGCUCAAGAACGGGUGGAACAGGCAUCAAAACCACCACGUUCAUCUGGCAAACCAGCGUCAUACUCUGCUGCUGCUGUUUCCAACUCGCACUCAUCGGAAACUAAAGCUCCAGCCACGAACUCAUCUACUGCACUCAAGAAGCCUUCCAAGAAAAUAUUCCCUCCUGCACAAUAUCCCUGUGAUUUGUGUAAAGGAGAUCACUUUAUUAUUAUUGGUAUUGGUGUUGCCAAUGCUGGUAGAACUAAAGGUCAAGUCCCACUCAAGCUUUCAUCUAGGCAUUCAAACGACUCAGUCAUCAUCAGUGCUCAUAUACUAGGUGGUCUUACUACUCAACUACCAUCUGUUGCACUCAACACACUCAACUGGAACCAAUACAAACAACUACAAUUGGCAGAUCCAGCGUUCAUGAGACCAGGACCAAUUGAUAUCAUCAUUGGUGCCGAUCAUUAUGGUCUUAUCAUUAAAGAUGUACUCAUUAAAAGGUCUGAAGGCCUGCCAAUCGCUCAAGAUACCAUCUUCGGAUGGAUAUUACUUGGUCCAGUUACUCAACGCACUCAUCGACCAUCUAUUACUUAUCAUGCUGCUGUCGAGCAGUCAACUCAACAACUUCAAGACCUGCUAUCACUCUUCUGGACUCAAGAAGAAAUUCCAGUCAGCAAAAUCAAGGAACUCAACCCAGAUGAGGAGGCGUGUAAAGCGCAUUUUCAAAAAACUCAUCGACGAGACAGUUCAGGACGAUACAUAGUUCGACUGCCAAUCAAAUCGUCACCUCAACCGCUGGGAAAUUCGUACUCAGCAGCAUACCGCUGUCUUAUUCAUCUCAAACGGCGUAUAGAUCAUGACGACCGUUUGAAAGCACUCUACCUUGAUUUUCUGAAGGAAUACAAAGAACUCAACCACAUGGUGGAAUCAACUCAAUCAACAACAAGUGAACCAGACCACUAUCUCCCUCAUCAUGGAGUUUUACGGGAAAGCAGCAUCACAACCAAGCUGCGAGUAGUGUUCAACGGUUCCAAAACCACCAGCUCUGGUCUUUCACUCAACGAUGUGCUUCACACCGGUCCAAAACUGCAACUAGACAUCUUCGACGUACUCAUAGGAGUUUGCACUCAUAAACUCAUCUUCAUAACAGAUAUCACAAAGAUGUUUAGACAGAUUUUGGUCGACGAACGCGAUCAAUCACUUCGACAAAUACUCUGGUUCAACCAACAAGGCCAAAUAACUCCAUAUAAACUCACCACGGUCACCUACGGGACCAGACCAGCUCCAUAUUUGGCCGUUCGUGCUCUACUUCAAUUGGUUGAAGACGAAGGACAUCGAUUUCCUCUUGCGAUCAUUCCACUCACCCACGGAAGAUAUGUUGACGAUAUCUUUGGUGGUGCCGAUGACUUGAACUCAUUACAACAAGUUGCUGAUCAACUUGAAGCACUCUGCAAGGCGGGCGGAUUCCCUCUUGCUAAAUGGGCAAGCAAUCUUCCAGAAUUACAACAACUCAAUCAUGUGGAAGCGAUCAAGAAUCAUAAAUUCGAGGAAUCAGACUCCAGCACCAAGAUUCUGGGCAUGUACGGGUCCUCACACUCAGAUCAGUUCUAUUUCACGUACUCACCACCAUGCUCAACUCAAAAAUUUACAAAAAGGAUCAUACUAUCAGAGAUUGCUCAAAUUUUUGAUCCUCUUAGAUUUCUCGCACCACUCAUCAUUCGAGCCAAGGUAUUCAUGCAGGAGCUUUGGCCCGAAAAGCUCAGCUGGGACACUCCAUUGGCAGCCAAUCAACGGCAUAAAUGGAGAAACUUCAAGAAUGAACUCAAACUGAUCUCUGAAAUCAAAAUUCCAAGAUGGAUCCACUCAUCCACGUGCUCAAUUACUGAAAUCCAUGGAUUCUCGGACGCCUCUCAAUUGGCAAUGGCAGCUGCCGUGUUCAUCAAAGUCCACACAUCUGCUCAUGGAGUCAGAGUUACGCUGCUCUACUCCAAAACCAAGGUAGCUCCGUUAAAACGACUAACGAUACCAAGGUUAGAACUCACCGCAGCUCACAUGUUGGCAAAACUCAGAAAACACUGCCAUAGCACUCUAAAUCUCACUCAAUCGCCAAUAUACUUGCGGACGGACUCAACAAUUACACUCACGUGGAUUAAAUCUCAUCCGUCUCGCUGGAAGGAGUUUGUUCGGAAUAGGGUGUCACAUAUUCAAGAUCUACUUCCAGAUGGCCACUGGAAUUUCAUUCCAGGCACACAAAAUCCAGCAGACUGCGCAACACGAGGGUUGACACCUACUCAACUCCGUGAUGAUCAACUAUGGUGGACUGGCCCACCAUGGUUGCUCAAGAGUUCAUCGUCCUGGCCUAAAUGUCCAUCAAUCGAUGAUACAGGAGCUGAAGCAGAAGAACGGCCUGGACUGGCCCUGUUCUCAUCGAAUUCAUCACUGAAAUCAAAUUGGCCUAUCAUGGAACGGCCAAUACCACUCCUACGUAUGUUACGAGCUACUGCAAUCUGCUUUAGACUUCGUGACAUGAUCAAAAAAUCACCAAACUCAUCACUCAAGGCUCCAAUUACUUCUGACGAAGUAAUUUCUGCACUUAACUUCUGUAUCAAAGAAGCUCAACGCAUUCAUUUUUCAAACGAGAUCAACAUGCACUCUAAACACACACCAUGGCCUAAUGGUCAUCCAUUUGCUCGAUUGGUUGCAUUCAUUGACACCGACGGCAUCAUUCGAGUAGGUGGACGGUUGAAAAAUUCUCCAAAUCAAGACCAAAGUAAGCAUCCUGCUAUUCUACCACGGAAUGCGGCACUCACUAAACUCAUCAUCUCUGAUGCUCAUCAGCGUACCAUGCAUGGUGGUACUCAACUUACUCUUGCAUUCAUACGACAAAAGUACUGGAUCAUUGGCGGUAGACAACCAGUACGCUAUAGUAUACUCAAAUGUAUAAGAUGCGCACGACAUCGUGCUGAUAGAGCUCAACAACUCAUGGGUCAGCUACCAGUGUCACGAGUCACUCCAUCAUCUGCAUUCACUCACACUGGAGUUGACUAUGCUGGUCCAAUAACACUCAAAAAUUGGAGACGCAGAGGAGCAAAAACAUACAAAGGCUGGAUUUGUGUUUUUGUCUGCCUUUCUACGUCAGCAGUACAUCUAGAGGUAGUCAGCGACUACAGCUCUAGUGGGUUCAUCGCAGCACUCCGCAGAUUUAUCAGCCGACGAGGCAUCUGCACAGCACUCUACAGCGAUUGUGAAACGACGUUCAAAGGCGCUGAAACUGAUCUCAACCGUCUGUUCACUCAAGGAACUCAAGAGUCAAGAGAAAUACUGGAUCACAUCACUGUGAACAGUAUUGCCUGGCAUUUCAAUCCACCAGCAGCCCCACACAUGGGUGGAAAGUGGGAAGCUGCUGUCAAAUCACUCAAACAUCAUCUUACUCGAUCAGUGGGAGAGUCUUCAUUUACGUUUGAAGAAUUUACGACUCUUCUGACGCAAAUUGAAGCUAUAUUGAAUUCAAGACCAUUGGAGCCACUCACGGAAGAUCCAGAUGACAUGGAUGCACUCACUCCUGGUCCCUUCUUAAUUGGACGAGCACUCAACAUGAUUCCUGAACCAGCACUCAUCGAUACAAAUAGUUCUCGAUUGUCUAGAUGGCAAUUUCUACAACAACGUGAUCAACAGUUCUGGAAUCAUUGGUCUACAAGUUAUCUUCAAAGACAACUGGCAAUCACCAAGUGGCAACGUCCAACUCAUCAAAUUCAAGUUGGGUCACUUGUAUUACUCACCGACGAAAGGUUUCCACCAACCAGGUGGCCUCUCGCUCGUAUCAUCGCACUUCACCCUGGCAAAGAUGGAUUGACCAGGGUUGCUACGCUCAACACAGUGAAUUCAACACUCACUCGUCCAAUCACGAAGCUUGCACUCCUACCAAUUGAACCAGAACCUCAAGAAGAUGACGAAGAAUAA